UGAAGUAUGCCUAUGUAUUAAAAUAUAUGAGAAAGAAGAUUUGAUAGCGAUAUUAACCUUCAAUUUGAUUUUCACAACAAAUAGCUUGAGAUUAAGCAGGAACAAGGUUUUAUUAACGUUUGAAACUACCAAAGUUAUAUAAAAAUUGAGAUGAGCGAAAUAACCUCUGUUUAUCAACUGCUAAAUAUCUUCCCGUAAAUAACGGAACUUCCAUGCACGUCCGCAUAUAUACACGUUACAUUUAUGUACAUACAUAUUGUAAAAUUGAAAUAUCAAAUGAAAAAUAUUGGCUAUAAAGAUGGCCCAAAAAAUAUAUGAUACAUCGACAAGGACAUGGUGGUCAAUUUUUGGAAUACUAUAUAUUCUCAGUAUUUUUACACGAUUUUAUAAAAUUAGUGAGCCAGAUCAUAUUUGUUGGGAUGAAACCCAUUUUGGCAAAAUGGGAAGUUGGUAUAUUAACAGAACUUUCUUUUUUGAUGUUCAUCCACCAUUAGGAAAGAUGUUGAUUGGUCUUUCUGGUUAUUUAACUGGCUAUGAUGGAAAAUUUGCUUUUGAUAAGCCUGGUGAUAAGUAUGAAAAUACGUCAUAUUUAGGGAUGAGAGUUUUUUGCAGUGCUCUUGGAGCUUCUAUUGUACCAAUGACAUUUGUAGCAAUAGAGGGAAUGACUGAUAACAUAUCUGCAGCUUUUUUUUCUUCAUUGCUCAUCCUUUUUGAUGUUGGUCUUAUUACGCUUUCCCAGUACAUUUUACUGGAUCCGCUACUAUUAUGUUUCAUGAUGGGCAGUUUUAUGGGAGCAGUAAAAGUAUCUUCCAGCAAAACAAAAGAAUUUUCAUUGAAAUGGUGGUUCUGGCUAAUAUUCACUGGAACUAUGUUAGCUUGUUGUAUUUCCGUCAAAUUUGUAGGACUAUUUGUGGUGUUACUAGUAGGUUUAAUGACUGUUUCUGAUCUUUGGAAUAUUCUUGGAGACUUGAGCAAAUCUGUGAGUCACACAUUGAAGAAUCUAUUGGCCAGAGCUCUAUGUUUAAUUGUACUACCGGUACUACUGUAUAUUACAUUUUUCUACAUCCAUUUACGAGUCUUGAACAGAAGUGGCAAUGGAGAUGGAUUUUAUAGUUCCGCUUUUCAGUCUCAAUUAAUAGGUAACAGUUUGCAUAAUGCCAGUAUGCCACAUCAAGUAGCUUAUGGAGCGAUAAUUACAAUUAAAAAUCAUCGUACCGGUGGGGGAUAUUUACAUUCGCAUUUUCAUUUAUAUCCCGAAGGAAUUGGAGCCAGGCAACAACAGAUCACAACAUACACUCAUAAAGAUGAUAACAACAAAUGGUUAAUAAAAAAAUUCAACUCUGAAUCAUAUGAUGGAAUUGAAAUAGUAAAAAAUGGUGAUUUGGUUCGUCUAGAACAUAUUCCUACUCGAAGAAAUCUACAUUCACAUAAAGAACAAGCUCCAAUUACUAAAAAAUAUUUUCAGGUUACCGGAUACGGAGAAAAUGGAACAGGAGAUGCCAAUGAUGUAUGGCGAAUAAUGGUUAUUGGAGAGAAAGUCGGAGCAGAUGUUACAGCAGUAACUAGUAAAUUGAAAUUCAUACACUAUCUACAAUCCUGUAUUUUAACUACCACCGGCAAACAACUGCCGAAAUGGGGUUAUGAACAGCAAGAAGUCACUUGUAAUCCAAAUUUGAGAGAUCAAAAUGGAAUUUGGAACGUUGAAGAAAACAUUUUUGAAGCAUUACCGAAUGUUAAUUUUGAAGUAUACGCCCCUAGUUUUUUGGAACGAUUUCUUGAAUCUCACGCCGUAAUGUUUCAAGGAAAUGCUGGUUUAAAACCGAAAGAAGGAGAAAUUACAUCACGUCCUUGGCAAUGGCCGAUCAAUUAUAGAGGACAAUUUUUUUCCGGAACUCAAUUUAGAAUAUAUCUGCUUGGAAAUCCUGUAAUAUGGUGGGGGAAUUUGAUAUUUAUUAUAAUAUUCUUAUUAGCUUUUGGUGUCCAUGCUAUCAAAGUACAAAGAGGAUAUGUAAAUUCUUCAAGCGAUUCCUAUAAGAAGAAUUUGUCGGCUUGUGCUUGGUUAUUUUUAGGAUGGUUGUUACAUUAUAUACCGUUUUGGGCAAUGGGCCGUGUACUCUAUUUCCAUCAUUAUUUUCCAGCUCUUUUAUUUAGUUCCAUGAUAACAGGCAUAUUAAUUGAUUACUUGCUAGAAGAAAUUCCAAGCUAUUUUUCACCAAACAAAUCUAAAAUAGUGUAUGAAAUACUUCUAGGACUAGUUCUGUCGACAAUAAUUUACAGUUUUUAUCUAUUUGCUCCUCUUGCUUAUGGAAUGGUAGGACCAUCAUCCAAUGAAGUGAAUUCUACCAUGCAUGGACUGAGAUGGAUGGAAAGUUGGGAAUUUUGACCCAAGUUUUAUUUAUUAUGACAUAAUAUUUUAUCUAUUAUAUAUAUAUACAUUAUAUUUUAUAUCUAUGAUAUAAUUUUUAAUUUUUAUUUUUGUACUUAUUUAUGGCUUAUAAAA